AUGGACUCCCUUCUGUCCGGUGUUGCCCUCGUAACAGGAGCAUCCUCAGGAAUCGGCCGUGCCACCUGCAUUGCACUGGCGAAACACGGAGUGACUAAGUUUGCCUUGUUGGACAGGGAUUCUGAAGGAGGUGAACUCACGAUUCAGAAACUCAAGGACGUCCCCGGUGAAAGAGAAUGCUUGUUCAUCCAAGUCGAUAUGAGCGAUCAUAACGCAGUGACAACAGCUGUUGCGGAGGCAGUAGCUCGGUUCCAACGCAUCGAUUACGCUGUCAGUAACGUAGGGAUUGCCGGCCCCAUUGGCUCAUCUCUGACUUUCUCGCCCGUCGAACUGCAACACAUUCUGAACGUCAACCUCGUCAGCCAAUUUGCUCUCCAAAAAGAACUACUUGUUCACAUGCAAAAACAAUCGAUUCCGCCGCCGACAGGGUGUGCACUCUGCAACUCUCGUUUCAAAGAUCCACCACAACGGCUGACUUGA